ACGGUUCCCCUGGCGGGUUCGAGGGUCUGGCUGCAAAUAUGUGUCUCCCCACUCCGCUCACCAAAUCUAGAGGUGAGGGGAAGGAGAAGCGGAGCAGGGGGAGGUCUCCUGAUACCCUAGCCAGAGUUCGGUCGUGGUGCCUGUGACGUGAGCGCGACUCUUUGUGGGAGGCGGAGCCCCUGGGAGCGGGCGUCGGGGGUCGGGAUGAAAGAAGGUUCUGGUCUCCGAAAUAACCUGCCGGCUCCAAGUGUCCCCAGCUUCUUCGGGCUCUUGGUGAUAGGCGUGGCUACGACGGAGACGGGCGGAACUAAUGGGGAGUUCGACAGACGCCCCGCCGUGGUACUACGUCAUCCCUGGUUUCCGCGGAGGACGGGGCCGAGGCGAAUCCCGUCACCUAGGCUCUGGACGCACAGGCUCAGCGGCCAUGGCUCACGGGCCCAGCCACUCCGCGGCAUGUGGGACCCUGCAUCGGCAGGCGGACUCUCAACCACUGCGCCACCAGGACACAGUUAAGAUGGAGUUUCCAGCCCAGUGAGUCUGAGGGCCAGACCGUGACCCCAUAAAGCAUGAUCUCCUGUCCAGACUGUGGCAAAGAUGUUGAAGCAACUUUCAAAUUCUGCCCCUACUGCGGAAAACCUCUGCCUACAGAGGAGCACGAGGGGUCCCAGACCUUUGUCAAGCCGUCUAUGUCAUCCUCCCAAGGCUCAAAGAAAAGGAGGAACACCAGUUCUGAAAUAUCUCCCAAGAAAGUGAAAUGGCCCAGCUGCGCUUCCUCUCCCCCAUCAUCCCUUCUCUCAGAAGGGUGCUGGAGCAGAUCCCCAACCUCCCAGAGCAGCCCUCAGACAACCAGGCAGAGCCCUCAGGCACUGAAGCGGAGCCGGGUGACCACCUCGCUCAAGGCUUUGCCAGAGAGGACGGUGCUGAUAGACAAGAGUGGGCAGCACUGGAAGCUGAGCUGCCUCCAGAGCAGGGAUGGCCAGGGCAUUCUCUAUGAAGCUGAGCCCGACUCCACCUUUGCCUGCGAGUCAAGUCUCGGAAAACAAAGAUUCUCACUUAAACUAGAUGCCAAGGAUGGGCGCUUGUUCAACGAGCAGAACUUCUUCCAGCGGGCCGCCAAGCCUUUGCAAGUGAACAAGUGGAAAAAGCUGCACUCGACCCCCCAGCUGGCCAUCCCCACCUGCGUCGGUUUUGGCAUUCACCAGAACAAGUACAGGUUCUUGGUGUUCCCCAUCCUGGGGAGGAGCCUUCAGUCGAUCCUGGAUGACUACCCGAAGCAUGUGAUGUCAGUGAGGUCUGUGUUCCAGAUGGCCUGCCGGCUGCUGGAUGCCCUGGAGUUCCUCCAUGAGAAUGAGUAUGUUCACGGCAAUGUGACAGCUGAGAAUAUCUUUGUGAAUCCAGAGGACUUGUGCCAGGUGACCCUGGCAGGCUACGGCUUCACCUUCCGCUAUUCGCCAGGUGGCAGACACGUGGAGUACAACGAAGGCAGCAGGACUCCACAUGAGGGGGACCUUGAGUUCAUUAGCAUGGACCUGCACAAGGGAUGUGGACCCUCCCGCCGCGGUGACCUCCAGACCCUGGGCUACUGUCUGCUGAAGUGGCUCUAUGGGACCCUGCCAUGGACGAACUGCCUUCCCAACACCGAGGAUAUCAUGAAGCUGAAACAGAAGUUUCUUGACAACCCAGAAGGCCUCGUGAGACAAUGCAGUCGCUGGAUCAAUACCUCAGUUGCAAGAUGUGAACUCCUAGUUGAAGCAUAUGGGAUCCAGCUUCCUGACCAGGGAUCAAACCAGGGUCCCCUGCACUGGGAGUACAGAGUCUUAGCCACUGGACCAACAUGGAAGUCCCUGGAGGCAACAUCACUUUUAACUAAAUGGUCCCAGCUGGUACCAAGGUGCCCAUCCCUCCUCUUGCACUUGCUACACUGUCGUCUACAGCCCAGCCUGGACCCCAUGGAGAGCAGGCCUUGGGGGCAGGCUCUGAGGAGAAGGGAAACCAGGAUCUCUGUCUCUGACUCGAUCGCUCUGCCUUGUCUUGGUUUGAGUUAGUUUUCCAAUUUCUACAGAAUUGCAAAACAGGCCCCGAAAACUUCCCUUCUUUCAAAUCAAGUAGACUAUUCAUUGCUUUUCCAAUAGAUGGCCAGAAAGAAUGGGGGUGGGGAGGUCAGCCACUGGUAGGAUUUCUGGGAGACUCAGGACCACAUGGGUAGGUCAGCCACUGGUAGGAUUUCUGGGAGACUCAGGACCCCAUGGCAUGGACACAGUGCUGAGGACCAAGCUGUCACCCAAAGUCAGGAGCACUAUUCUUUCUCUUCCAUGGGAGAUGUCAUUGCCUCUGGGCCUCCUUGGCCUGAAAACUAGGUCCAGUUGCCUGGAUAUAGAGCUCCACCAUUCCCGGGAGAAAUAGUAGGGUGGA